AUUAUACUUAGCAAAGGGAGGAAACAAAAUUGAUGAGCGGGUGGGGUGUUCUUAAUCUACUUUCGUUUUGAAAUAUACUUUUCAUUCGUAUCAGUAUCAAUAAAUACCAUCUUGCGCGAUUAUUGGUCGUCAAGAUUUCAGACCAAUUACAAUGUCCAGUAUCCAAGUGAUCUAUCUGCCGUCGUCUUGCUCCAAAAAGGAUUUACAAGUUCACUUCGCGAACCCCAGUAAUGGCGGUGGGCCAAUCAAACAGAUAUAUUACCCACUGUUUGACAACGAUGCUGUAAUCAUCUUUGAAGAUCAGCUAACCGCAGAAUUCGUCUGUAGACAUACGGAGCAUGCUAUAAAAGGGAAAGGCGUUUCUGUUAAACCAUAUCGUUACCCACCGAUCUAUACAAAGCUUCAUGCGGAGCUGGACCCAACAGCCGCCAACAUCAUACAAGCCGAUCAAGAGAUCCGAGAUGAAAUAGAACAUUGCGAAGGCCUUACACUGAACGUUAAAGAUGACGUCAUAUUGGGUAUAACAGGCGAUUGGUUCCAGCUGGAAUGGGUCUGGGCAAAGAUUGAAAGGUUCACGAAAGAACAGUCACACAUCCAGCGCAGAAUACAGCGAAAGAUUGAUCGUACGAAAAGCCUUGAUGAUUCGAUGAAAUCGGAGUUUCAUGCGACAACGAAAAGCAAACAUGGAGAUGAUGGCAACAGGCCCGAUGAUGAUAUCGAUGUAAAAAUGAGUAAUCCACAAAUGUAUAAGGGGAUAGAUAAUCAUUCGGCGGCAAUGACAGAGCAGAUUCGUGACGAUGAUGCACGAGCGAACGCAAACAUAGCCAAAACUCAAACUUUUGAAUUCGACCUUCAAAAGGAAGUCCCAAAGAAAUCUCAGGCGAGCGUAAAAGCGCAGACAACACACCAAAAGCCGGCGACACAUACUUCGCAGACAACAAGUGAAUACAACGAGCCUGGUGGAAGCGCAGUUAGUGUAUGUGAAAUAGAAAUAUUGGGUAAACCGGGUACCCUAUUGAGUCUGGACUUAAAGUAUGGAGAACUGAAAGUCAGCGUCUACGCGGGCUUGAUCACAAUGGAAGAGACAGACGUGAUCGUUAACGCCGCCAUGGGGCCGCUUGUCAACGGAGGGGGCGUCGCCUGGGCUAUUGCAUCAAACGCUAGCCCAAAGCUUCAGGAAGAGUGCGACGCGUACGUCAAAAGACACGGUAACGUACCCACGUCAGGCGUCAUGCAUACGGUCGCUGGCGGGAAGUUGAGCCAGAACGUAAAGCACGUGAUUCACGCGGUUGGGCCGGUGUGGGACGUCCUGAAUCAAGAUGACAAGUGUAUGCGGAAGCUGACCAUGACCUUUUUGAACUCACUGAAGUAUGGGAACGAAGAAUUACGUGUGUCAUCCAUUUCCUUUCCGCUUAUAAGCUCUGGAAUAUUCGGCUGCCCAGUGGAGGUUUGUACAAGGUCGUUUCUGUACGCCAUUAUCCUGUUCGGAAGCUUAUACCCUGACGCUGGCUUGACGGAGAUCCAUUUAGUGAAUAAUGAUGAGAACAACACCGGUCUUACAGUCGCUUCUCUACGAGAAAUGAUUCAGCAGGGAAGUGUGCAUCUUCUGGAUAAGGCCAGACGAAUUUACAGGGAAUUUGACGCAGGUAUUGAAACUGUGGUCCGAGUCGCCGGACAGAAACUCGCGCUUGAUGAAAGAACAAAACGAAACGAUCUACCCAUUAUGUCGGACACCGCUGUAAAGGGCCACAAAUCUGAAAGCACAAAACUCCCGACGGAUGGCAGCAAAACCGUUGAGCCAAGACCUUUGCCACCAACCCCAAACACAAUGAUGCCGACUAAAACUGACAAAAAGAAGAAAUAAGCGCGCGUAAAAAAGUUUGUGUUAGCUUCAUACGAGAGACUUUGGUUGCGUUGAUUUGAUGGGAAAAUCUCCGAGUGAUCAUCAUAAACAAUGACACACCAGUGCGUUGCAGGUUGAAUACGUUAACAGGGUUCUACAAUCCAAAAAAUAUCAACUAUAUGUGAAAUUGUUUUAAUAAAGAAAUGUACAACUUGAUUUGCUACCGUUUUCAAUCAUGUUGGUGAAAAUCCUUUAGGAACGCAUACUAUAAAAUGAACUGUUGAGCUGAUGUCAUUCGCAUCAAUCGCAUGAUAUGUGUUGCGUUCUGAUAAAACUGGGCAUAAUGCAUGUGCGUAAAGUGUUGUCCCAGAUUAGCCUGUGCAGUCCGCACAGGCUAAUCAGGGACGACAUUGUCCGCCUAAAUUGGAUUUUUUGCUAAGAAGAGACGUCAUUUAGACGAAAAUGUCAUAAAAGCGGAAAGUGUCUUCCCUGAUUAGCCUGUGCGGACUACACAGGCUAAUCUGGGACGACACUUUACGCACAUGCAUUAUGCCCAGUUUUCUCAGAACACAACUAAUAUUAAUACGACUUGCUUGCUUUAAUGCGCUAUGCUUUCUAGAAUACCAUAUGCUGUGUGUUCGGUUAACUUUUGCUGAUUUUGUAAUGUUAUAAACAGCAAUUACUUAAAAUACUUCUCGAAUACUUAAUAAGAUGGGAAAGAAUUCGAUUUGCAUAUGAAAAUAGUGAACUUGUACAGGUACCUCAGGGUUGGGCAGCAUACUAUGCGCCUUAAAAAUAUUGGAUCUAUAAGAUAAGGUGUGUGUGCAGAAUGCAAGGGGCUUAAAUAUGGAAUCUCUACGGACAGUGUGUGAAAAAGUGGGUGGGGACAUCAUGCAUAGAACGUUAAAAGGGGCAUUGUGGUGUGAACGAAGUCAAUGGACUGUCAAAAUAUUGAAUCUGCACAUAUAAAGGGUGAACGGGGCCGUUAAAUGUUGAAUCUGUACAGAAAUUGGGUGGAAAAGAAUGGAAGGGCGACUGUAAAUGUUGAAUCUGUACAUGCAUAUGGGCAGUGACAGCAUUGGCGGAGUUUUAUACAGGAUCACGAUACAAUGAUGAAAUCGAAUCACCACAAUAUUUUGAUAACCCAUAUUAACUUGAGACAUUUGAAACUUUAAAAGAAAUUUAGUAUAAGUAUGUUAAAUAUUGUUUUGCUAAUAGCCACUUUUAGUUUUAUCUGUGUAUAAACCUUUCGGUAGAUAUAUUUAAUAAAAUAUAGAUUGAUAA